AUGUUCCGCCUCUCUGCUCAGUCGACUCGCAAGGCUGUCCAGCGUCUUGCUGUCCAGGCCCGCCACCAGUCCACCAGCUCUGCAGCUGCCACCAGCAUGAACGCCAAGAACGUCUCUAUGGCUGCUGCUGGUGUCGCCACCGUUGGUGCCUUGGCCUAUAUGUCCAUGGAGACCGUCGAUGCCAACAUGGCUGCUGACGGCCUCCACGCCCCCGCCUACCCUUGGGAGCACAAGAAGAACCUUUCCACCUUCGACCACGCUGCCAUUCGCCGUGGUUACCAGGUUUACAAGGAGGUUUGCGCUGCCUGCCACUCUCUCGAUCGUAUUGCCUGGCGCAACUUGAUCGGCGUUUCCCACACCGAGGCUGAGGUCAAGGCCUUGGCUGAGGAAUUCGAGUACACCGAUGGACCCAACGAUGUUGGAGAUAUGUUCCAGCGCCCCGGAAAGCCCUCCGAUUACAUGCCUCAGCCUUAUGCCAACGAGGAGCAGGCCAGAGCCGGUAACGCCGGUGCUUACCCCCCAGAUCUCUCCUUGAUGAUCAAGGCCCGUCACGGUGGUGCUGACUAUGUCUUCUCCCUCUUGACCGGUUACCAGGAUCCCCCAGCUGGUGUUGAGAUCCGUGAGGGUCUUAACUUCAACCCCUACUUCCCCGGCGGUGCCAUCGGUAUGGCCCGUGUCUUGUACGACGGUUUGGUCGAGUACGAGGACGGUACCCCCGCCACCACCUCGCAGAUGGCCAAGGAUGUCACCAUCUUCCUCAGCUGGGCUGCUGAGCCCGAGAUGGAUGAGCGCAAGAAGAUGGGUAUGAAGGCCUUGACCUUGAUCGCCAUCUUGACCGGUCUUUCCGUCUACCUCAAGAGGCACAAGUGGGCCGGUCUCAAGACCCGCAAGAUCUUGUACAAGUAA